AUGAUUUUCUUAUCUGUUUCUACGAGCGAUUCGAACCUGAUCCGGAACAUUUUGCGAACGCAGAAGCCGAGUUCAGCUUAUCCUGAUGAUCCAAACAUUGUGGCCGUCGCUGGAUUUGAGAAAUUUUAUCAGAAAUUGACACUUGGAAUGCUGAUUAACCUCUGCCUUCCGAUCUUCCCGGGCUACUGCUCGGCAAUUUACUGUCGUAAUCGAAUCCUGAAAAAGUUGAAUGAUAACACACGGAUGAGCAGUUCCACGAUACGCGUGCAAAGGAAUUUGAUAAAGGCACUCACUAUUCAAGCAAUACUACCAAUUUUACACAUGUCUCAAUGCAGCGUGUACGUGUGGAAACAGUUGGAAUUACCAUUUUCCGAUCGUAUGCCCUAUUUUGAGGAGAUGUUUGUUUUGCAAUCAGCGUUGAGCGCAAUUACUCCUUGUAUAACGAUGUAUUACGUUCGGCCGUAUCGGCGGAAAAUCAAGGAAUUCCUGGGUCUCCGAAAACCGAAGCGGUCGAUGAAUAUUCACAUGGAUACUUCAAAUAUUGAUAAGAUUUCGACGAAGAAUACGGAUGAGAUUGUU